AUGUCAUGGUCCUUAUUUGAAACUUAUGAGUUGGCAAAAGAGUCUCCACACACCCAUUGUAGCAAUUUUCAUCUUUCCAACUAUACCCCCGAAAAAUAGAUCUUUUUUUUAUGACUCUUUGUUCGUACCUGUGCUGCCAUUAAUGAUAUCUAAGCAUUAUAUUAGAGUCUUGUAAACCAUUUGAAGAGUUAGUUGAGCAAAAAUGUGGCCUUUUUGCAGAAAAGGGCCUUCUGGGUUUUCAUCUUCCUCUACAGCAGAGGAGGUUACUCAAGGCAUUGAUGGGACUGGUCUCACUGCCAUUAUCACAGGAGCAUCUAGUGGUAUUGGCACUGAAACUACUCGAGUUCUUGCAUUGCGCGGGGUACAUGUGAUCAUGGCUGUGAGGAACAUGGCUGCUGGAAGAGAUGUGAAAGAAGCAAUAGUUAAAGAAAUCCCUACUGCUAAAGUUGAUGCCAUGGAAUUGGAUCUCAGCUCAUUCUCAUCCAUCAGAAAAUUCGCAUCAGAUUUCAAAUCCUCAAAUCUUCCUCUGAACAUCUUAAUUAACAAUGCAGGAGUUAUGGCAACACCAUUCAUGCUUUCCAAAGACAACAUUGAAUUACAGUUUGCAACCAACCACUUAGGUCAUUUUCUGUUGACAAAUCUUUUGUUGGAAACUAUGAAGAAAACAUCAAAGCAGAGUGAAAAAGAAGGAAGAAUUGUAAAUGUUUCCUCAAUGGCUCACCGAUUCCCAUAUUCUGAAGGAAUUCGCUUUGAUAAAAUUAACGACAAAUUAGGGUACAGUAGUAUUGCUGCCUAUGGGCAAUCCAAGCUAGCUAAUGUUUUGCACGCCAAUGAGCUUUCAAGACGUUUAAAAGAAGAAAAUGUGAACAUUACAGCAAAUUCACUUCACCCGGGUGCAAUUCUUACCAAUCUUUUUCGAUUUAGUGGCAUCAUCGAUGGUCUUGCUAAAUCAGUGGGUAGACUUGUUCUGAAAAAUGUCCAACAGGGGGCAGCAACUACGUGUUACGUGGCAUUGAACCCACAAGUGAAGGGAGUAACAGGUGAAUAUUUUGAAGACAGUAAUAUUUCCAAGGCAAGCACCAUGGGCAGAGACAACGACUUGGCAAAAAAACUCUGGGAUUUCAGCCUCAAUUUGACAAAUUGAUCAUUUUUAUCUCUCUAUAAACAUCAUAAAAAUAAUAAUAAAAAAAGUUACAAGACCUACGGUAUCUACAUGACUACGAUUGUAAGCAGUUUCUUCUAUCUAUAAAUAAGGAAAAAAAUCAUUUAUCUCU